UUUUAGUAGUGAACAUGGAUGAUUUGAGAAUGCCGCUAUCUGAGGACACUAAAACACCACAAGUGUACAAAUUAGAAAUCAGAGAAUCGAAUCAUGAUGGAGUACAGCCACCAUUUCCUUCCAAAUCUGACGGAAAUGAGAUAAAGGCAAGCGAAACGGUACGCUUGAUCGGGCUUACUAAAAAUGAACUGGAAAAAUAUUGCAAUGAUCCAUUUUGGAAGGUAGUUAGAUACGCAAUGUUUGUGCUUUUCUGGGUAGCAUGGAUUUUGAUGUUUCUAACUGCUGUACUACUCAUUGUAUUUAGUCCAAAAUGUGCAGUUGUAAAAGAACCGGAAUGGUGGCGUAAGCAAGUUAGCUAUCAGAUAUUCACACCUUCUUUCCGUGAUUCCAACGAUGACGGAAUUGGUGAUUUCAAUGGGAUCCGAGAAAAACUUCAUGAUUUACGAAAGAUUGGAAUAAGAACAAUUUGGGUAACGCCUAUAAUAACCAUCCAAAAGGAUGAUUUCAUUCCUUUUGAUGUGAUCGAUUUCACAAGUGUUGAUGAACGUUUCGGUACAAUGGAUGAUUUGAAAUUGUUGAUAGAUGCAACACAUGAACUAAACAUGCAUUUUACCAUGGAUUUGCCCAUAUCAACGACAUCUGUAUCACAUAAAUGGUUUAAAUCAGCAAAAACGGGUGAUGAUUAUGUCGAUUAUUAUGUUUGGGAGAGAGCAUUGAAUGUAAAAGAUGAUCCAAAUUAUAUUGCUGAAGAAGGCAAAGAGAACGCUUAUCUGGCUUAUGACGGAAAAGAUCCAAUACUAAACUGGCGUAAUCCUGCAGUACGGGAGAGUAUGUUUGAGGUUGCAAAACGCUUCCUUGAUAUAGGAGUCGAUGGUUUCCAUAUAGAUCGUAUCGGCCAACUAAUCAAACAUCUAUCGAAAUCAGAGGGACACGUUGCACUAUCGAUGAUCGAUGGUUUCAUUGGAAGCCUGCGAGAGUAUGCAAGCAGUACAGAAAUACCCAAUAGUAGAGAAAUCGUUGUGUUUACCUCUUUGAAUGAUUUCGCCAAACUAGAAGGAUCUGAUAGUUCCGGUUUGUCGAACUUCACAUAUGUUAUCGAUGACUCGAUUACUGUACUAAAUAAUGGAUCAUGUCCAAAUGGAAUAGCGCAAUGUUUACACUCUACAUUAAUUAGAUCUUUCGAAUGGUUCAAUACUACGCAACUUCCACACGCGUGGCAGUUCACGGAUUAUCACGUUUCUCGUCUUAGUACGAGAUUCGAUAAAGCAACAGCAGCUUUACUAACUUUUGUGCAGCUUUCAUUGCCAGGUAUUGUUGAACUGUAUUACGGACAAGAACUAAGCCUUGAAGAUAGUACUGGUCCAACAAAUAAAUUUACUGGUUUGAUGCAAUGGAAUAGCAGCGAAUAUGGCGGUUUCACAGCUGGCAGCCAGAAACCAUUCUUUUCUACCACACUUAACUACAAAGAAGAUAAUUUCCAGGUCCAGUAUAGUAGUCAUCGUUCAUCACUGAAAACACUGAAAGCGGUCGCAAAAAUGCAUCAACGUGAUCACAAUUUUGCACUUGGCGAAACUCAAUUAGCGCCACUUACUCGAGAUGUCAUCUUAUUCGGUCGAUUCCAUCAAUCUGAUAAUGGUACUAAUGGAGCGGCUUAUCUCAUUGGAGCAAAUUUCGGGACAUCCGAUGCUGAAAUAAACGGAAAAGCAGUAUUGCCGAACAAUUAUAUAGCAGCUAAAGCGGAAAUCGCUAUUGUUACCGCAAACGUUGACAAAUACCUACCCAGGGAUAAAAUAUUAAUGCUUGAUAAAAUUGUUCUUGGUCCUAAACAGGGAAUUAUUAUUAAAGUCCAAUGAUGGCUCUUAAUAUAUGGCUUUUAUGAAAGACAGCUAGAACAACUUUUCAUGAACAUUUCCCAUUUACAUUAUCCUUAAUAUCUGCUAACUCACUUAUUAACACCAUAUAUGGGAGCCCAUCUGACAGCUCACAAAAGCU